AUUUUGUCCUCUUUGCCAUCUGUGGCCAUAUUGUAAAUACAGUAUGGGUCGAGUUAUCAGAGGCCAGCGUAAGGGUGCUGGGAGUAUUUUCAAAUCCCAUACAAAACACAGGAAAGGAGCUGCAAAGCUCAGAUCUCUCGACUACUCUGAACGCAAUGGUUACCUUAAGGGUGUUGUGAAGGAGAUCAUCCAUGACCCUGGACGCGGUGCACCGUUGGCUAUUGUUAGCUUCAGGGAUCCAUACCGAUACAAACAGAGAAAGGAGGUUUUUAUUGCCACUGAAGGCAUGUACACAGGGCAGUUUGUGUACUGUGGAAAGAAGGCAACUCUACAAAUAGGCAACUGCUUACCCAUUGGUGCCAUGCCAGAGGGAACUAUUGUCUGCAAUGUGGAGGAGAAAUCGGGAGAUCGUGGCAAACUAGCCCGCACGUCAGGAAACUAUGCCACUGUUGUAUCACACAACCAAGAAACCAGGAGAACCAGAGUGAAGCUUCCCUCUGGAGUCAAGAAAGUCUACCCUUCUGCUAACCGUGCCAUGGUGGGUAUUGUUGCUGGUGGUGGUCGUAUUGACAAACCUAUGCUGAAGGCAGGACGUGCUUACCAUAAGUACAAGGCCAAGAGGAACUGCUGGCCACGUGUCCGGGGUGUGGCUAUGAAUCCUGUGGAACAUCCUCAUGGUGGUGGUAACCAUCAACAUAUUGGUACCCCUUCAACUGUGCGCCGAGACACAUCAGCUGGAAGAAAGGUCGGUCUUAUUGCCGCCCGUCGUACUGGCCGAAUCAGAGGAGGAAAGAAAACUUUCAAGGGAGACAAAGAAACAGAUUAAAUUGUACUUUGCUCAGUUGCCCAAUAAAAUUUACUGUAAAUUUG